AUUUGACCCCAAAAAAACCAAAUACCAGAGAAAGAGAGAGAUUUGAGGCAGUAAUGGUUCCCGAGGUCGCCGCACAACCAUCGGAGGGAUCUCCGGCUCCGCCACCGGAAUCCAUGGCCGAAAUCGGAGCUCCAGCCAGACCCGGCAUCGGAGCCGGCUUGUUCUCAUCCUGGACCUCCAUUUGCCGCCGCUACCAGUACUACCUCGACAAAUCCACACCCUUUGUUGGUCGCCGGUGGGCUGGCGCUGCCGUCCUCGCCCUCAUAUACUUCAUUCGCGUACUCAUCCUCCAGGGCUUCUACAUCGUCACCUACGCCCUCGCCAUCUUCGUCCUCAACCUCCUCAUCGGCUUCCUUUCCCCCCAGGUCGACCCCGAGACCCAGGCGCUUCUUGAUGGCUCUGGCCCUGGGCUUCCCAUCAAAUCAACGGAUGAGUUCCGCCCCUUCGUCCGCCGCCUCCCCGAGUUCAAGUUCUGGCAUUCAAUUGUAAAAGCUUUCUCUAUUGCGUUUGUGAUGACAUUCUUCAGCGUCUUUGAUGUGCCAGUGUUUUGGCCAAUUUUGCUUUUCUACUGGAUUGUGCUAUUCACUGUCACAAUGAAAAGGCAAAUAAUUCACAUGAUAAAAUACAAAUAUGUCCCUUUUACAUUCGGGAAACAGCGUUACACAGGGAAAAAGGUGCCUUCGGCCGAUGAUUUGGACCUUGCCAACUGACUUCCUUUGGAACAAUCACUGCUAUGCAUUCAUUCAGGUUUGCGCAUACUUCUUAGUGAUUGAUCUGAAGAAAAGUCCGGGCUCGCAAUUGUGAAUGCACUUGCCCCAUCCAUUUUGUAACAUAAAGUCACUGCUGAUAGUUUGUUCUGUCCAUUUCUUAGAGAUACUGAUAUGUUGGGACUAUUCAUAGGGAAAAUUAUUUCAAUGUAUUUGUAAGAUGUUUUUAUCUUAUGGAAAUUCAAAAAGCAGUGUUUGUCUUAAUGCAAA